AGCGGCGGCAGAAAGCGGUGCGGAUCCCGGUGUGUGCCGAUCUCUCCGGAGGGGGACCGGAUAAUCCAGUCGGACCUGUCAGUGUAGUGGAUCUCCUCUAUCUGCACACUCAUAGCGGGGCCACUUUUACAUUCCCGCCGGCGAUUGUGAUUUACUCACCACAGGUGACCUGUAACUGGUUGGAGAGAGGAAGGGGAGCAGAACAAAUGGAAAGGGAGCAGAGAGAGAGAGGAUGAAAGAGACAGAGCAGGACCCAUGAGAUUCCUCAUGCACAAUGGGAGCCCCUUGCUCUGCCGGCUUCUGAUUUGAAAAGAAUAAAGGGGACUUUGCCUAAAGAGGGUCAACGGGAUCUUGACAUCAUUUCAGUGUUUUGCCCUGUAGUGGGGGUCCACCCUUCUGUCUCAGUAGGAGUGGUCAUGGCUGUACACUAAGCAUAGAACAAAGUCAUCUGUUUCUCUUUACGCCCUUUUGCUACUUAUUACCUAGUCACAGGCUGUUACCAUGGAGAAGACAUACUCACUAACUGCCCACUAUGAUGAGUUCCAGGAAGUGAAAUAUGGUGGCCGUUAUAGCAGUGACAUCCUCAGCAAUGGCAUGACCCUUCACCUGGGAGGCAGCCUGGACCGUCACAUGGGGCGUACCCGAGGAGGGACCUGGUCCAACGGUCGAAACAAAGAUCCAAGCAGCACCAGCAGCAGCGGAGGGCUUCCUCGAUGGAGCCGGAGGGAGAUCUGCCUCCUCUCUGCACUGGUCUUUGCAGCAGGAAUGUGCGUCAUCUUGGGCAGCAUGCUGGCUCUCAAGUACAUUUCCCUGGACGCCCAGCAGGACCCACAGUGUCGACAGGACUGCCAACGCAAACGCUCCCUGCUGCGGGCGGCACGCUUCGUUCAGGCCAAUAUUGACCCAACAAUCCAGCCCUGCCAGGAUUUCUACUCCUUCGCCUGUGGUGGUUGGCUGAGGCGCCACGGCAUCCCAGAGGACAAGCUAAGCUACGGAAUCAUCACCGCCAUAGGAGAGCACAAUGAGGAGAAACUACAGCGCCUCCUGCUGGAGCCCAUACGGAGACAAGGGGCCAACUCAGCAGAGCGCAAGGUCAAGGAGUUCUAUCGAUCCUGCGUCAAUAUCCAGGAGAUCGACAAGCUGGGCUCUGACCCCAUGACAGAGGUGAUAGACAGCUGUGGGGGGUGGGAUCUGGUGGGGGCUCCUCCCGGUGCUGCUGGGUGGGAGAGAGAGGGUGCCCCGCAGAGGCCGGACUUCAAUGAGCUGCUGUACAGGACCCAGGGGGUGUACAGCACUGCCGUCUUCUUCUCCCUCACUGUCAACGUGGACGACAAAAACUCCUCCAGGAAUGCAAUCAGGAUUGAUCAGGAGGGGCUCACGCUGCCUGAGAGAAGUCUCUACCUGGGACAGGAUGAGGACAGCGUGAAGAUUCUGGCGGCGUACAAGGCCCUGAUGGAGCGCUUGCUGAGCAUGCUGGGAGCUCACAAUGCCACGCAGAAGUCCAAGGAGAUUAUACAGCUGGAGACCCGUCUGGCCAAUCAGCAUAACCUAUUCAGAGAUUUUGGUAAUUUCAUGACUCACCAGUUCAUGACAUCACGGGUUCUCCAUAACUACAUGCUGUGGCGCAUUGUGGCGGCGCUAAGUGAACACCUGUCCACUGCCUUCCGCAGCACCAUCCACGAGUUUUCUCGGGAGAUUGACGGCACCGAGCAGCAGCUGGAGCUGGGCAGGCUCUGCCUCACUCAGGCCAACAAACACUUCGGCAUGGCCCUGGGAGCCCUGUUCGUCCAGCAACACUUCUCCUCACAGAGCAAGGCCAAGGUACAGGAGCUGGUAGAGGACAUUAAGCACUCCCUGGACCUGCGGCUGCACGAGCUGGACUGGAUGGAUGAAGCCACCAAGGAAGCUGCCAGAGCAAAGCUGAAGCACAUGAUGGUGAUGACAGGAUACCCAGACUUCCUGCUCAAACCUGAGCUCAUAGAUCAAGAAUAUGGGUUUGAUGUGGAUGAGAAGACCUAUUUCAAGAACAUCCUGAACAGCAUCAAGUUCAACAUCAAGCUGUCAGUCAAGAAGAUCCAUGAAGAAGUGGACAAGACGACGUGGCUUCUCCCCCCUCAGGCCCUUAAUGCCUACUACCUCCCUAACAAGAACCAAAUGGUGUUUCCUGCCGGCAUCCUUCAGCCCACUCUCUACAACCCUGAGUUCCCACAGUCUCUGAACUACGGAGGAAUAGGGGCUAUCAUUGGCCACGAGCUAACACACGGAUACGAUGACUGGGGGGGCCAGUACGACCGCCACGGCAACCUCAAGCAGUGGUGGACAGAGGAGUCCUACAGAAAGUUUCAGACGAAGGCUGAAUGUAUCGUCAAGCUCUAUGAUAACUUCACUGUUUAUAACCAGAGGGUGAACGGCCGUCUGACACUGGGGGAGAACAUAGCAGACAUGGGAGGGCUCAAGUUGUCAUACUAUGCGUAUCAGAAGUGGGUGAGGGAACAUGGUCCUGAGAGGCCCCUGCCUGGCCUUAGAUACACACACGAACAGCUUCUCUUCAUCGCCUUUGCACAGAACUGGUGCAUGAAGAGAAGAUCUCAGUCCAUCUACUUGCAGCUGCUGACUGACAAACAUGCGCCAGAGCACUACAGAGUGAUUGGCAGUGUGUCCCAGUUUGAUGAGUUUGCCCGAGUUUUCCACUGUCCAAAGGGUUCCCCAAUGAACCCUGUAGACAAAUGCUCCGUAUGGUGACCUCUCCGCCCUCCUGGUGACCUUGGGAUGAAC